AUGGAGUCUCUUUACAAGAACUCUGUUGGGAGUUGGAAAAAGGAAGAACUACAUGAACAAGAUGCCGUGAGAUUCAAAGCAAGGUUCGUGGCUAAAGGGUACUCACAAAAGGAAGGGGUGGAUUAUGAUGAGAUCUUUUCACCCGUAGUUAAGCAUACUUCUAUCAGAUUGCUUUUAGCAAUGCCAACUCAGCAUGACAUGGAGAUUGAGCAGAUGGAUGUGAAGACAACGUUUCUUCAUGGGGAUCUAGAGGAGACAAUUUCAUGGCUCAACCAGAAGGGUUUGUUGAAUAUGGGAAAGAAAACCUAG